AAUAAAUGGUAAUUCGGAGAUAAGUAAAUUAGAUUGGACCAAGAUCGACUCCCGUCAUAAGCAUGCCAUGAGGCGUUGCAAACUGAUGGUUGCUCAAUUUGCAGAUGAUAAACAUUCAGUGAAGCGGUUUAGUCACGUUUCACCCAAGUUUAACUAAAGUUUACCAAUUAAUGUCCUUCACUUUGUCCAUUACCUGCGUAAGAGAUCAGAUUGGCCUGUAUAGAUUCCCGCCAAUGGCAUUUAAGGUAGCUCACAGAUAGAUGUUAAACCUAGAUUUGAUCUAACUAGAAAUACACAUCAAAGUUCAUCACCGCUGUCCUACUUUAUCGCUCUGCACCGCAGCUCUUCGUCUCUAUCUCUUAUCUUUGUCAGACGAGCAGAGUACCUUCCCCCAACUGUCCAGUAGAUAACUGUCUCCGCUGCCUACGCAUUCGCAUAUUCGGCGGUUUGCGGUAGUAACCCCGUCGACUGACAGCCGCUUAACCAUUCGUCUGCCCACGCUGGUGCGGAUCGGUUCGUUCCUACUCAGAAGAGCCUUGCACACUGCAGCCACUUCCAAGUCCAAAUCUAGCUCAUAUAAGAGCGAAACUAACAAGUGGCCGCUAAUUAAUCAUCGACAGCAACGUGUUGUAAUAAAAAUCAAAACUUCUCGCAUUAUUAAAACCUAGCCAUGCGAGAUAGUGAGGAUCUCUAUCGGGAGCGCCUGCCAGAUGUCUGCGGAGCGGUAGGCUCCAAGGCCCGAAACUGCUGCAGCAUGCGUACCCUUCACAGAUACCUGCCCGUCACAGAUUGGUUGUCAAAAUAUCAGUGGAACUUCCUGCCCAUGGAUCUUGUAGCGGGUCUCACUGUGGGGCUUACUGCAGUGCCACAGGCUAUAGCCUAUGGAGCUGUGGCUAACCUGCCACCCGCCUAUGGACUUUACUCAGCGUUUAUGGGUGGAUUUGUUUAUAUACUGCUAGGAACCUGCAAAGACAUCACAGUGGGACCCACAGCCAUCAUGGCGUUAAUGGUGCGCCCGUAUGUAGAUGGGAAUCCAGCGUAUGCGAUACUACUGUGCUUCUUAUCCGGCUGCAUUAUAACCAUCAUGGGACUGCUUAACCUGGGAGUUCUUAUGCGGUUUAUUUCGGUGCCAGUGACGACGGGAUUUACGAUGGCCGCAGCUAUAACAAUUGCUACAGGCCAGGUUAACAGCCUGUUAGGCAUUAGCAGCAGUGCUAAUGGGUUUCUCGAUUGCUGGAUACAUUUCUUUGGUCAUAUAACAGAAACGCGCCGAAACGACGCUAUCCUGGGGUGUAGCACACUAGUCCUGCUGCUUCUUAUGCGGCAACUUAAAGACCUCCCAUUUCGUUUUGGGGGUAUCUUGAAGUAUAUUUCGCUGUCCCGCAAUGCUGUAGCAGUGUUGGUGGGGAUCCUCCUGUGCUACCUGCUUAAGAAAGACGGUAACUUGCCAUUCAUUGUCAGCGGAAGCAUUACACCUGGCCUUCCGCCCUUCCGCCCACCACCAUUUCACACGGUGGACGCAGAUACUGGAGAAGUCAUCAACUUCGGAGGUAUGGUGUCGAACGUAGGGUCCGCCUUGGUAUCCAUACCACUGCUUUCCAUAUUGGAGAGCAUUGCUGUGGCAAAAGCCUUCUCCAAGGGUAAGAUAGUGGAUGCAUCGCAGGAGAUGAUUGCCCUGGGCAUAUGCAAUGUGCUCAGCAGCUUCUUCUCAUCCAUGCCCAUUACUGGUUCGUUUACCCGGACAGCUAUAAAUAACGCCAGUGGAGUGAAGACGCCACUGGGCGGGGCUGUGACUGGUGCCCUUGUUCUCAUGACCCUCGCCUUUCUAACAUCCACCUUCGCCUACAUUCCUAAAGCCACGUUGGCAGCCAUAAUAAUAGCAGCUAUGUUCUUUAUGGUAGAAUAUGAAACUAUCGGGGAAAUUUGGCGUGCAAAAAAGCGCGAUAUGCUGCCGUUUCUAGUCACAGUGUUUUGUUGUGUCUUUUGGACAUUAGAAUAUGGAAUGGUAGUUGGCAUCAUAUUUAAUGCUCUGUUUCUUCUUUACAAGAGCAUGAAGCCACAGUGUAACUUGGAGAUCCAAAAGUUUAACGGCAUCGAAGUGACUAUUGCCGACCUCAAGGCUAGUGUGGAUUACUCAGCAGCAGAAUGUUUGAAAAUGACAAUUCUGUCUCACGUAACGGAUAGAAACGGUAACACGUUGGUGGUCAUUAAGGGGCAGGAGAUCGCCUCAAUUGAUACGACCGUGGCGCUGAACCUCAAAUCGCUGCGCGAAGAUCUUGCCCUUCUGCAGUGCGAACUGCUGUGCUGGAACUGGAGCAUUCCCGCAGCCGGAGUGAUUUGCCGGAUGGAUACUAAUCUGCGUAGCAUGUUUAAGUUCUCAGAAAGCUUUUCCGACCUAAUGCAAACAAUGACAAGCAAAGCAGACGAUUCGUGUACAUUCGUCAACUUGAAUCAAUAAAGGUGUUAUUUUGUUAGACAGAGAUAAAAAGUCGAACUUUUCUAACCAUAAUGGGACAUGAAAAAGAUAUGAAUACGUUUCUGUUAAAGUAGAAGCCUACUGUAUUUCAAAUGCUAAAUAACAUCUAAACCGAUGUUGCGCAUGGAAGGAAGUACUUAGCAGUGUGCACAUGUAUGUAUGUACCUUGCACAUUUCCCAUACACUGUGAUAGUGCAGAAGUACAGACAUAAUUAUCCUAACCUUAACAAACACGGCAAAAUGCGAAAAAUGGCCAUCUUUGGUGGUUGGAUGAAAAUGGGAAGCCGGUCGACUCCGCCGGCAUAAACGAAGCAGACACCGGCGCGCGCAUACCAAAUUAAUAUGGCAAACUAUGUACACA